UCUGACUGCGCCCAGAAGACAGAAAGCCUGCCUGCACAACUGUACUGUUUGACCUUAAGGAAAAGGAAGAGGUCCCUAGCACUAAGGAAUCUUCAGAUCUAGUCCCAAAGAGUGGUUCCAUGGCAGAUCUGAUAACCUUCAUUUGGUUCUCAAUGUUACUAACCGUAACAUACAGCCAAACACCAACACCGGAGGAUUCGCCAAUUAAAAAUAUAACUUUGGAUAUGAAGACAAUGUUCCUGAGAUGGACCAAUGUGGAGAAUGUGAAUAACAUCAGCUGUUCUGUUAAAGUGCUCUCAAAAUUAGAAUAUCGCAUACCGGCAGAAAAAAACGAGUGUGAACUAAAGCCCGAUUAUCCUUGGUGCCAAGGGGUAGACUUUGAAAUUGAGGGAUUUGCUGGCAAAAGAUUUUUAGAAACAUUCCAGAUUCCCCGAAGAGGAAAAGAAGGGACCACUGAAGAAAGUUUAUCCUGCCAGGUUCAUGAUGCAAAUCUCAUGGACUGCAAAUGGACAGUGAGAGAAACUCUAAGGGAUAUCCAGUAUCAAUUUUUUUACUCACAAAAUGCAAAUGCUUUUGCAGAUAGAGAAUGUCCAAAAUACAAGACAGAUUCUGAAGGAAGACAUGUUGGAUGUCAUUUUGAUAACCUGUCAGGAUUCACAGAGCUUGAAGGGUAUCACUUCCUAGUAACAGGAACCAGCAGUGGAAGGGAAGUCCAGUGUAAUGAUAAGUACAUUGAACUAAGUAAAAUUGAAAUAUUUAAACCACCAAAUAUCAAUAUAAACUGCACAAAUAUUACUUGUAGCAUACAAUGGCAGAUACCCAAAAGAAGAGAAUUGUGGGAGACAAGCUUUGAAUAUCAGCUUCAAAUUCAAAAGGUUGCUGACAAGAAUAUCUUAGAAUCAGGAGGCCCUGUUACUACAAAAGAAACGAAUUUUGACUUCAAAAUUACUGAUGGAAAAUAUACUGUGAAAAUAAGAACAAGAAAGCUGUUUGAAAAUGCACCUUGGAGUGAAUGGAGUGAGCCUCAAGAAUUUGGUCAUGAAGUCCACAGAGAUAUUCCUCUGUCAGUAUUAAUGUUCUCACUUCUUGGAAUAGCCUUCAUUAUCCUGCUCAUUUUGGGAUAUCUCUGUAAAAGGUAUUAUGUGAUUCAAAAAAUAUUCCCUCCUGUUCCCCGUAUUAAAGACCAAGUUAGUGACAGUUUUCACCAAUACAAUGAGGUGCUCUGGGAAGAAAAUAAAAUACUUCCAGAACAAUGUAAAAUUGAAGAGAUACAGGUCAUAGGGAAAAAAUAAAACUGUCCAUAAAACUAAACAAGAUUGGAUAAUGUUCUUAGAAAUUUCUUUUUUAUAGAAAGAGAAGGAGAUAAGAGAAGGGGGGAAUGAUAGAGAGGGCAGAUUGGGGGA